AUGAAACCAGCAUCACCGCAUCUCGCCUGGCUGGCCGCUGUCACCGUGAACGCGGUCGACUUCCCUUCCAACAUGCCCAAAGACGACAUUGCUUGCAUGUGCAAGGCCACCGACUGGAACAACGGCAUCCGCGACUGCUCGGUCGAGUCCUGCCCGAGCAUCGACCAGGCCAACGUGGUUAUCAGCUGGGGCAACAGCCUCUGCUCAGGCGUUGGUGUCACUACCGCUGUCGUCCCCACUGCUACCAGCGUUAAGAGCUCUGGAAGCACUUCGGGCGCCCCCGCGACCAACACGGGUGAUGCCGACAGCACCUCGACUGGCUCUGGUUCCGACAACGAUGCUAGCGAGACUGGCGAUGCUACUGCCAUUACCACCAGCACCUGGACCUCGACCUUCACCAGCGGCGACGCUACCAGCACCGUCACUGGCACGACCACCAUCUCGGGUGUCAACGGCGUGCCGGGCGCUAGCGAUGUCCCCGAGACCACUGGCACUUCGCCCAUCGUCUCGACCCACACUGACGAGUCGACGACUUUCGAGACCACCAUCGGCUCGACCACCUUCACGUCCAGCGGCGCCCAUAUGACUGCGGCCCCGGCUAUUGGCUUCCUCGCCGCUGCCGGUAUCGCGGCUGCCUUCCUCUAA